CCCCAGCUCUGAAGCCACGUCUCGCCUCCCACGCGUCUCUGGGCGCGCGAAGACAGGACCGAGCUGCGCGGAGUGGUCGGCCCCGGGGCUUCCCCACUGUUGCCAGGGAAACUUCCCCGGUGCCCAGGCGUUCGCCCGCGGUCGGGGGCCAGUCCCGGGCGAGUAGCCACCCCCCACUCCCGGACCGGGUCCUCUCCCGCGUGCGGAGGGAAAGCUCCCGAGCGCCUCCGAGCCCGCAGGGUGCCGGGCACCGGGCCAGCGGCCGGGGGAAGAGGAGCCGAGAAGGAGAAAGAGACGGGAGGGGGAGCGAGUAGCUCGCGGCAGAGGGAACAGCAGAUUGCGCCCAGCCAAUGGCAACGGCUGGACGAGGUGGCACCAAAUUCCCUUCGGCCAAUGACGCGCCAGAUUCUACAGAAGCACAUUAGCAUUUCCCCGGGGGCAGGGGCAGGGGCCUGGGCUGCAGCCGCGGAGCCGCGGUGUGUCUGCAGUAUCCUGUUUGUGCGUCUCCAUCCCGCAGCACGCCUCAGCCCUGUCUCCUCCCCUCUCCCGCCCAGGCGGGUCUCCCACGGCGAGCCAACUCCGCGCACUUUGCCCCUUCUUGGCAGCGAAUAAAAGGGGUCUGAGGAAAUACGGGACAUCCACUGCCAGCUCUAGCCUUUAAAUUCCCAUCCCGGGUAGAGCCACGUACUGCAGAUCGGAUCCCGACACCGAUCCGGCGCGCACCGCGCAGAGAGGGGUUCGGGGCGCAGCGCCGCGGGUCACCACGCAAACGCGGGCUCGGGAACCGAAGUCUACCCUCUGUUCCGGCUAUCCGGAACUCCGCUCUGCAGUCUCAGCCCCGGGAAAGUGAUCCCCGCAUCAGAGAGCCCAGAUGCCGGCCCACUUGCUGCAAGAGGAGAUCUCUAGCUCCUACACAACUACCACCACCAUCACAGCGCCUCCCUCCAGGAUUCUGCAGAAUGGAGGGUGCAAGUUGGAGAAGGCUUCCCCAUACUUGGAAGAAGACAUCCGCCCUGAAAUGAAAGAUGACAUCUACGACCCAAGCUACAAAGAUCCCGAGGGCCCAAGGCCCAAGCUUCAGUAUGUUUGGAGAAACAUCAUCCUUAUGUCUCUGCUACACUUAGGAGCCCUCUAUGGGAUCAUAUUGGUUCCCACCUGCAAGGUCUACACCUGGAUCUGGGGGUUCUUCUACUAUGUGAUCAGCGCCCUGGGCAUAACAGCGGGAGCUCAUCGCCUAUGGAGUCACCGGACUUACAAAGCUCGGCUGCCCCUGCGGUUCUUCCUGAUCAUUGCGAACACGAUGGCAUUCCAGAAUGACGUGUUUGAAUGGGCCCGAGAUCACCGUGCUCACCACAAGUUUUCAGAAACAGAUGCUGAUCCUCACAAUUCCCGACGUGGCUUUUUCUUCUCUCAUGUGGGUUGGCUGCUCGUACGCAAACACCCAGCCGUCAAAGAGAAGGGUGGUUUGCUAGACUUGUCUGACCUAAAAGCUGAGAAGCUGGUGAUGUUCCAGAGAAGGUACUACAAACCCGGCAUCCUGUUGAUGUGCUUCAUCCUGCCCACUCUUGUGCCCUGGUAUUUCUGGGGUGAAACUUUUAUACACAGCUUGUGCGUUGCCACUUUCUUGCGUUACGCCAUUGUGCUCAAUGCCACCUGGCUGGUGAACAGCGCUGCCCACCUCUACGGAUAUCGCCCUUAUGACACCACCAUUAGCCCCCGAGAGAAUAUCCUGGUUUCCCUGGGAGCUGUAGGGGAGGGCUUCCACAACUACCACCACUCCUUUCCCUAUGACUACUCUGCCAGUGAGUACCGCUGGCACAUCAACUUCACCACAUUCUUCAUCGACUGCAUGGCUUUCCUCGGCCUGGCUUACGACCGGAAGAAAGUAUCCAAGGCCGCCAUCCUGGCCAGGAUUAAAAGAACUGGAGACGGAAGCUACAAGAGUGGCUGAGUUUUGGGUCCCUCAGGUUCCUUUUCCGAAAGCCAGCCGGGCAGAGGUUUAAUGUUCUGUUUAUUAACUACUGAAUAAUGCUACCAGGAUGCUAAAGAGGAUGACAUUAACCCACUCCAGUACAGUAUUCUUUUAAAAUUGAAAGCCAACAACUCUGCCUUCACGACACUAAGCUGAUAUUCUUAUUUUUGCUCUUCUCUUCCCUCUCUUCUAGUCCAUCGUCAUUUUCUUUGCUUUGUUCGUAUCCCUUCCCUUCCUCUCCUCGCUCGUUGCCUCCCAGGCAAGCAGCUCGUCAUUCAUUGGUGGGCGUCCAACUUCCAAAGCCUAGACAACCGUUCUGUAGCCCAGAGCUUGUGGGCUUUGCCCCACAUAACUCUUUCCUUGAGCUGUCCUGAGACUCAGGAUGGGUGGCUCACGCCAGAGCUAUGAUAAAAUCUUCUGGGAAGGCCCCCGUUAAUUGUCUUCAGCCCAGGCUUUUGUGAGUUGGAAUGGAAAAUAACUUUAUUGGGCACAAAGCUUCUAAAGCAGGUAAAUUGUCAGGGGAGAGAGUUAGCGUGUAUGGUAUGAUUGAGAAAAGUAAAGAUGGGGUGAGGUGGGAAUCAAGGCAAGAAGCUCCUGCUGUGAUUGGACACACAGUUGCUUGCCUGGUGGGGACUUGGAGCCCCACCAGAUGGCAUGCCUCCUCUCUCUCCUGACUCUGAAUGGGGAAUGGGCAUAGAGCUUGGCAAUGUCCCACUGUAGUUUAGUCUGAGGAUAAAGAAGAAGCAUUUAGUUUGUAGUAAAAGUGGUCUCUGCUGGGGAAGGAUUUUUUUUUUUUUUUUUAAUAACGACAAGAUUUCUUAUUCCAUAUGACAAGAAAUCUUGAGGUUGCUUGUGUCCAGAAUCGGUGAAUCUAGCGGAUCACGGAAUCAUUAAAAUUCUUUCAGCUUUCUGCUCUGCCAUCUCCGGGACAUUGGUCAGCUCCCAUCAUAGUAACAAGGUGGCUCAAGCGUUUCCAGACAUCCAAAAAAGGAACAUGUUUGUGGCAUAGUGGUGAGCACAGCCACCUUCCACGGAAGGAAGGAUUUUAAGAGGUGGGGUUGGGUCCAACAUAAAAAUAUACAUACAUACAUCCUUUGCUUGGAAUGUUGAAGUAAUUCACUUAGAGUGCCUCCCUCUGAAAGAGGGAUGCUUGAAAAAGAGGAGAAAUGAGGUGGGUUGUCUGCUUUCCUCUCACUGCUGGACAGGAGAUGGAGAGGUUCCUGGGCAAGGUCUGUUGGCAGUUCCUAAGAGAUAACUUUACAAAAGAAGGGCUCUGAGAACACCUUGCCAGGGGAUUCAGAAGGUUACUGAGUAAGUCAUUGGAUGUCCUGAUUUGGAAGGUGGUUAUACAAACAAGUUAAAUGUUAGGCUCGUUCAUGAAUGCCAAUUUCUCCUUGGAAUGAAUAAAAACUAGAAGGCUUCUCCCCUCAGUGUUGAACCAUUUCAUCCAUUCCUUCUCUGUUAAAAUUUUAGUCUAAAGUAUAGGACUGCCUGGGCCGGGGGAAGGCGAGGUAGGAAUCUCUUAACUACUGUGGUUAUUGAUUCCUGGCUCUACCCUAGCUGUCCAUUUUCUCCUACAGGUUCUAUCUCCUCCCUGCUGUUUUCUUCUUUCUCUGGGCAGGAAGGCUCUUUUGUAGAUACUCAGAGGCAGUGAUGGCUAUUGCUCACCAGGAAGCUCCCCUUCCUGCAGACAGAAUGCUCAGGGCCACUGAACCACUGUUUCUCUUUAUAAAGUUGAGCUAGCUGCCACUCUCACUUGGCCUCCAGAGUCUCUCCAUCUACACCUCUGUGCUCCCCUACCACACUGAUGACUCAAGACAAAGCUGGCAAACCUUACCAGAAACAUCCCUGGCUCAGGCACAGCCAGGCCAAAUGCUCAUGUGGUACCAGUGAGCCAGCCAUCGGGCAAAGAAGGGUUUGUUUUUAUCCUCCUCUGUCUGGAUCAGAACACGAGAGAGCAUGCUAGCUGCCCCCUGCUCGCUCAGUAAGCCUGCCCAGCCCGAGUCUGCUCCCAGUGGACAGUGCAAUGCUUGUAGAAGUGGGAGGGAGCCUAGUCUUCACUGGGAAGCACAAGAAGCAAAGGGAAGUUCCAAAGUGCCUCACUCAAAAGGAGGCCCCGUUCCCUGGAGCCAGGGUGUACUGCAAAGCCGAGACUUGGGAUCUGAGAUGCCAUAAACUUGGCUGAACAGCGUCUCUGUUCAGUAAACUAACCAGCAUUCCCCACCCCACAGCCUAGGGCAAACAGUAGUAUAGGAGAGGUCUGCAAAAAAUCAUCGGUGUUUUGAGAACCUUGGACUAUUUCUGUCCCUGUACCUAAGUCAUCAAUGCAAAAGCCUGGCUGUACUCUGUGAAAGAUUGGAAAUGUACAAUACCAAAUGUUCUGUGCACUGUUGAGCCCUAAUAGUGGAAGGGAAGAGGGCCUUUCUUCCUGUAUUCAUCAAAUAGACAGAGGCUACAGGGGUUGACCUGGACUAAAGGCAUCCUUGUCUUUUGAGCUCUUCCUCUCAGUAGAAAAGAAUCUACUGGAAGAUCACCGUAGUUUAGAUCUGCUGACCUGUGUACUUAUCCCUUGGGUAGUUUUAAUUCCACAGGUUAUCAGAUGCCUGCUUUAUAAAUUCUGAUCAAAAACAAGGUUAUCUUUCUGUUCGAAUUAUGUCGCAGGGAUCUGAUCCACAGCAUGACCUACACAAGGCUGGACAGGGUCCUCAAGCUGAUGGCCCCAGUAUAUAGGAGAAUGUGUAGGUAGAAGGGUGUCUGCUGAGUAAGGAACACUUUUUUCAAGAUUCUAAAGCUGAGUUCAAUUGACACAUUAAUGUCCCAGAAACUCAAGUCUGAAUUUCUAACAGUCCUCGCUUUGUGGGUGUGCUGACAACUUAUUUGGGUGCCUUACAUCUUUUCUAAUCAGUGUUGCAUAUGAGCCCUGCUCUCACUUCCUCUGUGGAGUUCCUUUGCACCUGAGAGCCUGCAAAAAGUGGCUGGUAGAAAAGGGGGCCUGGCUGGAGAAUUAUCAGUAUAGUUAUUUGCAGGAUUCCCUUCUGGGCUUUAUUUUGGAAUCUUUUCUUAGGGCUAUUUGUAUUAAAUGCCCACAUUUGAUGGAGGGUGGAAGUAAUUUGAAUGUAUUUGAUUUAUAAUUUUUUUUUUUUAGAUGAAAAGAUGGUUGUAGCAUUUAAAAUGGAAACUUUUCCUCCUUGGUUUGCUAGUAUCCUGAGUGUAUUCUCUGUAAGUCUAGCUCAAAUGGGUCAGCGUGAAAGGUUAAAGAAAACAAGAUGUCAAUGUUUCGCGGGUGGCUAAGGCCAGGGCCUCUCCUACCACUGUGCCACUGACUUGCUAUGUGACCCUAGGCAAGUCACUUAACUAUAAUGUGCCUCAGUUUUCCUUCUGUUAAAAUGGGAUAAUAAUACUGACCUACCUCAAAGGGCAGUUUUGAGGUGUGACUAAUGCUUUUUUAAAGCAUUUUGGGAUCCUUCAGCAGAGGAAUUCUUUUAAGUCCUGAGUAUUUUUAUAGUAGCAGUAUCCACCAUGAACUUGUGUCCACCAUGAACCGUGGGUCCUGGAUGCUAUCAUUAAUCGAUCUGGUUCUCUCUGGGAGAUUGAGUAAAUCCAUUGGAUAAGUGGUGGAUAACUAGCCAGACAACAUUUGAGAAUGCAUAAACUCAUUGCCGUGGAAACAAUACACAGGAUACCUUUUCCUUGAUUGGGUGGGAUUUCCCCCUUUUUAUGUGGGAUAGUAGUUAUUUGUGACCUAAGAAUAAUUUUGGAAUAAUUUCUAUUAAUAUCAACUCUGAAGCUUAGUUGUACUGAUCUGAAAUUGUGUUUGUUCAUAAUAAAAGUGAAGUGAAUCUGA